UUUUAAAUUUCUAAUAAUGUUUCUAAUAAGGAUUGAACAGUUAACUACAAUAUUUAUUUGUGCUAUUGUUUUAUUAUUUAAUAUAAUAACAGUUAAAUCAAAUGAUGUUGCUUAUCAACAACCAUCAACAUAUCUUAGUCCGGCUAAGGAAAGCUAUUAUGAAGGCCCAAACGAACAUGAAGCUAAUUUGUUAAAAUGUUUAAAGGAAUUGGGGGAAAUAAAAAAGAAAAGCGGUGAAGAUUAUAAAUAUUCUUCAACAAAAAAACCAAAUUAUAAGAGAAAAGAAUAUAUCAGUGAAGAAAUUGAUUCCUAUGAACGUGAUUUUCCGGCGAAUUAUGAACCAGCUUUUCCAUAUGAGAAACUUAAAAUUUCUGACGUUAUUUAUCCACUAAAACACAAAAAGAAGAAUUAUUACCCUGAGAGGAAAAACGAUUAUACAACAAAAACUUCAUAUCCCAAACCUGAAACAACUUAUAAAGAAGAAAAGCCAGAAAAUAAUUAUGAAAAUAAUAAUGGAUAUGAAGAAAAUGAGAAUAAUUACAACAAUAAAUAUCCUCAUGAAAACUCUCAAGAGAAUUACAAUAGCCGAAAAGAUGAAGAAAAACAUUCAUAUGAACAUUACAAUAAUGAACACAAAUCCGAAGAAAAUAAUUAUAAAGAAGAGGAUUAUCAACAUAAAGAGGAACAUUUAGAGGAUCCGUUCGAUAAUCAUUACGAGCAACAACCAAUUAUUCCUGCCCAACCUCCCCCUGAUCAACAAAUUGUACAAUUACCACCCAAUUUAGCACCUCUUUUGCCUUCUAAUUUAUUUCAAGGAGGAAUGGAAGAACCAAUUUUAAUACCUGCCCAACCUCAGUCACCAGAACCACAAGAAAAACAGCCAGAGCCUUUACCACCUAAUCAAGCACCUCCAAAAGAGGCACCUAAACCAGAUACAGCAAUACAACCAAAAAUUCCCACUAAAAUUAAUAGUAGAUUAAAUACCCAACCAUUUAUUGGCACAACAGACUGCCGACUUAAGCCUGUUGAGAAUUGUAGUUCACGUGCUACAUGUGAAAAAACUGGAAAGUCAAUAGAUUGUUCUAUUCCUCCACACAAACAAUCUAUGAUUUUUGAUGCAGCUUCACAAAAUUGUCGACAUAUAGAUUCUAUACCUGAAUGUACUAGAGGUAGAUAGAGGGAUAAAAUAAAUAAAAAUAUUUUUUAAGAAAUAUUUUGUAUUAACAAAUCUCCAAAUUGGUAUUUGAUUGGAGGAAAUUGUACUCGAAUUUCUUAUUCUUGUGGGCUGGACAAGAAUAUGAAUAGAAAACUUUGUGAUAAUAUAAAUGAAUUAAUUAAUCCAGCAAAAUUAAAUGAAUGUAUUGACAAAAGAGAAAUUCCCG